GCAGGACGUCGCUACGUCACACAAACGCAGAUGAACCAUCCAGGAAGUAAAACGGGAGCUGCAGCUGAAAAUGUUAACGUUCAGUUUGACACUCGUACGACAUGGGGAAACUCAGUCCAACAAGGACAAGCUGCUGCAAGGUCAAGGCGUGGACAAUCCUCUGUCAGAGACGGGUGUGCGGCAGGGUGAAGCCGCUGGACAAUACCUCAAAGAGAUCCCGUUCAGCAAUGUGUUUGUCAGUAACCUACAGCGGGCUAUGCAGACAGCUGAAAUAAUUCUGAGGAACAACACUCACUGUUCUGGCACCGAGAUGGUUCUGGAGCCGUUACUCAGAGAAAAAAGUUUCGGUGUCGCUGAGGGACGUCCCAAAGAGGAUCUGAAGAACAUGGCUAACGCUGCUGGUCAGGCAGCUCGAGACUACACACCGCCAGGAGGAGAGACUACAGACCAGGUGAAGCUGCGAUUCAAAAAAUUCCUCAAAAUCCUUUUCAAGCGAAUGCUGGAUGAGCACGGCUUGUCGGGACCAGAGGCGCCUUCAGGGGCGGCUGGAGAUGCUGCGGCCUCAGACGUCCCUCCAGACGGCUCGGCCGACGACGGUCUCCAGGGGGUGUCGGUCCACGCUCUGGUGGUGAGCCACGGCGCUUUCAUUCGUAUCGCUGUACGGCACCUUGUGGAGGACUUGGAGUGUGCUAUCCCCACAUGGGUGAAGAUGUCUCAUCUGUUCUCCCCCUGUCCUAACACAGGCAUCAGCCGCUUCAUUCUCACUCUGAGCCGGUCCGAGUCCAGGCCGGUGCUCACUGCUGCUCGCUGCGUUUUUUCCAACCGAAAGAACCACCUAGAAAAUCUCUCACCUGCAGAGUAGUGUGAAGGGAAUAAGUGUUUUAUGUUUGUGUGCAUAAGUACACAGCAUCUAAAGGAUGGUAGGACUAUCAUCAACACUAAAGGGAAAAAAACAUCAAAGUUACCACAGGUAGCUGAAUGCAACAAUGCACAGGGUAAAUGAUGUUUUCUCCAUAAUCAUGUUUACUGUGGAUCAGUCUUCUAAAUCAUUGUGCAGUACUGUAGUAUUAUGAAACCAUGACCUUCCAACUGUAGGCCAGCAAGGACUCGUGUCAUUUUUUAAACUGGUAAUGUAAUUGCCUUUUUUAUCAUGUUAUACCAAAGUCUAAAUUAUUUAAUGUAUUCCUGAGGUUUUUUGUUUCAGUAGGUUUUACGUUUCCAGCAUGAUGUGUUGCAGUUGUGGUGCUGCUCAUUUGACUUGUGCAAUACAACAUGAAAGCACUGGCUCGUUGUUGAGUUUCUGUUUAGCAAAAAAAAAUGUUUUCUCACUCGCAGAAAUAAUAAAAUAUAAGUCAUUUCACAUACAGAA